CACACGGCCCGAGGCGGGCACACAGCCCGGGGCCAGGCCCAGGGGCGGGCACACGGGCCGGGGCGAGGCUGCCGCUCCGGGGCGGUCGCACAGCCCGGGGUGGGGCUGCUCGGGGCGGGCCCUGUCCGGGGGUGGGUCCGGCCCGUGCCGGCGCCGCCACCGCCGGUUCCGGGCCGGGCCGCGGGGCCCCGAUGUCUCCGCGAACCGCCCCGCCGCGGUUCGGGCCGCUGCAGCUGGCGCUGGCGGCGGCGGGGACGGCGGCGGCGACCCUGGACCUGUGCAUGGACGGGUGGGUGGCGGCGGAGUACGCGCGGCGCGGGCACCCCGGCUGGGCCGCGCUGUCGCUGUCGCUGCUCGCCGCCGCCUCGGCCGCCGCCCAGGCCUGCAGCUGGCUCUGGCUGCGCUCCGACCCGCCCGCCCUGCGCCCCGCCGUGCCCGUGCCGCUGCUCGCCGCCCUGCACCUCCUACAGCUCGGCUUCUUCUUUAGGUGCCUCUAUGCGCUGAAGGUGGGCUGGAGGGUGUGCUGGGCAAAGGCAGAGGAGGAGGAUGAGCAGAGACACAUGGCCUUCCUCUCCCACGACAUCAGCAUGCUGCGUCUCUUCGAGACCUUCCUGGAGAACACCCCGCAGCUCACCCUGCUCCUCUACAUUAUCCUGCGGACAAACAAGGCUGAGCUCUCCCAGGGCCUGGGGAUGGGCACGGCGUUCCUGUGUGUGUCCUGGUCUCUGCUGGACUACCACCAGUCCCUGCGCUCCUUCCUGCAGGACAAGUACGAGCUGAGCCUGGGUUCCUCCAUCAUCUACUUCCUGUGGAACCUCCUCCUCAUCUGCCCCCGCAUCCUGGCGGUCGCGCUCUUCGCCCUGCUCUGGCCCUACGGUGUGGCUGUGCACUUCCUACUGGUGUGGCUGGCCAUGUUCCUCUGGGUCAGCCUGCAGGGCACGGACUUCAUGGAAUCAGCUGGCCCCGAGCAGCUGUACCGGGCCAUGGUGGCCGUGAUCCUCUACUUCAGCUGGUUCAACGUGGCGCAGGGGAGGACGCUGCACCGCAGCAUCAUCUACCACGGCUUCAUGCUGGUGGACAGCGCGCUGCUGGGCCUCGCCUGGCUCUGGGGCCGGGCUCCCGAGGAGGAGCGCUCAUACCUCGUCCCCGUGGUCUCUGCAGCCCUGCCCUGCUACCUGCUGGGGCUGGGGCUGAGGGCCACCUACUACAAAUGGCUGCACCCCAAGGCGCGGGUGCGGCAGGAGGGCAGAUACGACGAGGUGGACGCCAAUGGAGGGGGGGAUGGGGUGGAGUUCCGCUCGUUUUUGGAACCAGAGCUGGUGAACGGGCGGAUGCAGCGGCUGGCCCAGACCCACUUCUCCUUGUCCCAGCCGGCACAGCAGCACACGCUGAAUGGGGCUGCUGCUGCAGAGUCUGCUGUCUGAGGGCAGCUCCUCUAAAGGGACAUGAGGGGGGAGGUAGAUCUGUUGGUGUGCCCCUGGUGGUGCCCCCCAGGCUGUUGUUUUGGAGGCUGGAGGGAGCUGGCAGAAACCAGGGGUGAUGUGGAAACACGCAGUGAGUCCCAUGGCACUCAGCAUGGCUCCCGUGGCUGUACCCUUGGGGAAGCCACAGUGUUUGUGGAGAGUCCUGCACACUGUAGCGUAUGGCUGCACUGCUGCGUCAACUUUUCUUGUUAUUUAUUACUAGCUUUUUCAAAAAAGAAAAAUGAAAACAAGAGCACUGUUUUA